AUGGUGCCCCUCCCGGCCUCCAGCUAUUUCCCUCCUCUGAAUGAAUGUCUCACUGGAGAACAGCUAUUAAUCUCAUGGAGGACUGUAUCCUCUGCUAUUGAGGGCAGCAAUGGCGCAGAGGAACCCGCUAUCCAGAGAUUUCUUGCUGAUCCAGCUGUUCUGCGACUCCUCUCGCGCCCAUUCGAUGCCUUCCCCCCACGCUCCCAGCAAACAAAAGCUGCGUUUGAAACUAAGUCCUCCGCAAUCAACGUCACUCCUUCGUCAAACCUGCGGUUCGAUAUUAAGCAAGUGAAGGAGGAUGCGUUAUGGCUGAGUGAAAAGGCACAGAUCGACGAAACAUCAGCUCUAAGAGUUGUGGUUGAGGAGUGUCAGUCCCGAGCAGCUGCCAGACUUAGUGCGCCCUUUUCCGAAGAUGAAUUAACAAAUAUCCGUGAGGCAGCCGGAAAUAGCACCAGUCCGGUUACACUUUCCCUCGCCUCGCGCGGUAGAGAUGGAGUAGAUAUACAAGCAGAAUUCGAUACUGAAGACCAUCGCCGUCAACGUGUAUUCAUGACAUAUCUUUCUGAACGACGACAUCUCCUAAAGUGUGUCAAGCUUUUGCUAUCUGCAUUUAUGAACCAUACGAUUGCAAUCCCAGACGAUGGCAACGGCAACGGCAAGGGUAAAGGGGUUGGCGCAGCUUUAACGUGGUUAGAGAGCUACGGACAAGCAUUAGUAACAGAGGUUGGACAGCUUGACGAAUUUGUCCUACAAUGUUUUCAAGCUAUUGAGAAAAACAUCCGAAAUAUUGGUUCUGGAAAUGGGUGGCCAGCUGUCGAAAUCGAAUGGACCCGAAACCAACUCACAGAGGCGACUCAUACGAUGGAGAUAGUAUUCCACACUCUUUCGUUCAACGGUCAAUUCUCAUCUUCGGACGUUGUUCUUAAAUGGCUCACGUUUAUGAGGUCGUAUGACUUCCUCGAUGACUUCGAUGCGGAAGAACCAGAAGUUCAGGUUCUACUGCCUCCGUUACGAUGUGCCGCUUCGAUGGUCUCUGUUUGCAUCCUAAGCGUGGGAAGUGCUCUUGAUUUUCUCUACGAAUACGACCCACGAACGAGUGAGGCGCUAAUUUUAUCCGAUUCUUCAACAAAAUCUCAGUAUUUAUUGAAUACUGACACACUUUCCGCAAUCCAUCAAAUCCUUGUUGAUACGUCUGGCAAUGACAAACCAUUGGUCACUGCUGGCCCCGUUCUGCUGGCGUGGUCAUUUAUUCUGAAGGCUCUCCAUGGGCGGGUUGACGCUUACACCGCUGCUCAAAUUGAUGAACACGAUUCGAGGAGAUUUGAUCGUCAAUCUUCAACUGAUACGGAUGGCACUUUAGCCUCUGAUCCAUACGAAAGCAUGGUAAAAAAUAUCAUGGAACCUAUAGGUGCCGAAAAUCCAAUCGAACACUUGGUUCGUAUGGCUAUCGACUACUGUCGCGCCCUUGAAAGCCUCAAUGGAUUCGCAUUACGGCUCGGCAACACCUCAGAAGCUUUCUUUUCCAGCAGAACCGGUGGAAUGAUGCGUAUUGUCAUACUCGAUCUUAUGAAAUGUAGCAGGAUUAGUGGACUCGAAUACCGGGCUGAAGUCAUGGAACCGCUGCUUUCCUCGCUUUCUGGUGGUCAGAACUAUUGGGACUUCGUAAACACCAAGGAGUUGAACGGUGCUUUUGAUCCUGUAGCAAUCUUUUUAGAGGACCAGGAGAUGCUUGAAACAUUUCUCGAUCAUGCAAUAGCCCGAUAUCCAUACGAAUCUCUGCCAUUCCUUCGAAUCAUUCACGCUAUUUCAACUUCUUCGUCGUCUUUGAGCAAGCCUAAAUCCGCCCUCACUAUCCUGGAAGCCAUACAUACCUUCACUUACCAGCUACCCGACGGCUUUGUUGACUAUGAGACAACGCAAGAAGAAGAUAAUAACAACAACGUUCUUUUGAAGAGAGCAGUAAAUCUUUUUGCGCCACGACCAAGGUCGAUGCCUGCAGGUCAUUCGUCAGCUCUGACAUUGGUGGACAAAGACUUCUGUGGGACGCUUGGCCGUAUGCUUUCGGAUUCGCCUAAAAUCGUAUUUUGGUUCCACCAAUACUCUGGUUUAAAGUAUUUUGGGAAACUAUUGGAGACUUUCCUUACGGCCAGCGACUUAGUAGAUGCCACAACAAAUUUCGGUAUUGAUCGAGAUUCGACCAUCGAGGUCAUCGAUAUUCUCGCCAGCCUCCUUUUAAGCACCUCAAACUCAAGCGUGACCAAUUCCAAUUUCAAGGAUGAUGCUCGACAUGUCCUGGAAUCGGCAAGCUCGGGAUUGGACCGCAACCGCGAUAUCAUCACUGUGAUCUUUGAUAUUUUCGAAGAAGAGCUCCAGAGACAAUCAAGUGUGUCUGGAUCUGAUGUGCCUUUGGGUGUGCUCGUGAGCUGCGUACAUUUUAUUCACGCAUUGAUUCCGAUCUCACCUGACCGAGUGUGGCCUUUGUUAUCACGGAGUGGACUUCUCGGAGUCGCUCGUGGGGAAGGCAUAUUGGCAACAAUUGUGGAGAGUGUAGAGCUUGUCUCGGGCCGUUAUGAUUUCCUCAUAUCAUGCGCCCGCUUGUAUGAGGCUCUUGUAGAGGACAUUGCCUCGAAUGCUAUAAGAAGGAGAAGCGGAGUCAAGGCUUCAGCUCGGUUUACUGAUCACGACGAAGUGGGAACUGGUGUACCUGACCUCCUACUUUCAAAGAUCAUCCUCUCAUUCAGUCGAUAUCUAAUUGACGUUCUCGAAAGCUCCUUUUUAUGGAAAUUUGUCACCGAAAAUGAUCGCCGUCUAUUGACCUGGACUUUAUCAACGACGUUCAACAAAGUACUAGAGUACGUUUUUGGCAUUGAAGCUGCGGCCGAUCCUGUUCAGAAUAUAGACGAUAUCUAUGUGCAGACUUACGACAGAGGCCGUCGACUUUCCCUCAAAAUUGGCCGACAAGGCCUCUAA